ACUGCAUGUUGGCCAUUUGUCUGUUAAUUGGAUUGAUUGGUUGUUUGCCGAUAAUUUUUGUCAAUAUCAAUAUACUGACAAUGAGGCCAUUCACCGAUUACGAAUGAAUUAGUUUUGAAAGUUUGACAAUCUUCUUUUCUCCACAUUCUACAAUCAUGUCGAUCGAAUCAUUCUAUCCAUUUCUCAUCAUAUUGAUUUGGUUGAUUGUUGCAAUCCAUACAAACAAUUGUCCAUGCAUUAAUGGGAUAUGUUCCAGCGAUCAAGAUGAUAAUCCAGAAUCAAUCAAAUGUUUUUGCCAUGAUGGUUUUACAGGUCAUGAUUGUUCCAUCAACUUUGAUGAAUGCUUACCGGGACGUAACCCGUGCCAAAAUGGUAUGACAAAUGUUUUUAUCAGAUUUAAAAUGAUGAUGAUGAUUCUUUCGACAGAUGCAAUCUGUGUGAAUGAUGUGCCUGAAGUUCGUUGCAUAUGUGCGGCUGGAAUGUGUGGAAAAUAUUGUGAAAUGGAAAUCGAUGAAUGCCAUUCGAAUCCUUGUCGCAAUGGGGCAACAUGCAUCGACAAGAUAAACGGAUUCGAAUGUAAAUGUCUGAAAGGGUAUGAUGGACUUCAAUGUGAAAUCGAUAUCGAUGCUUGUCAUGUCGACAUCAUUGAUGAUAACAAACAAACAUCAAAUGUUCGGUGUCAUAAUGGUGGUACCUGCAAAGACGGUCCAGGUGCUGAUUAUUAUUGUGUUUGUAGAUCUGGCUUUACUGGGCCAAAUUGCGAAACGGAAAUCAAUGCCUGUGAUUCAUCACCUUGUCUUAACCGAGGACAAUGUGAGAAUUAUGGACAAUUCAAUUUCAAAUGUAAUUGUCCAUAUGGAUGGUCGGGUAAAACAUGUCAACAGCCGCUUUAUAAAUGCAAUGAUUCGGAUAAAUGUCAGAAUAAUGGUCUAUGCAUGAGUAACGGACAGCAUGGUCAUUUCAAAUGUUUUUGUCCACCGGAUUUUCACGGCAAUCAAUGUCAAUUUAAAUAUGAUGAAUGUCAACCAAAUGACUGCCAAAAUGGGGCCACAUGUUUAGAUCAAAUCAAUGGCUACUCAUGUCAUUGCCCAGUAGGAUUUUCCGGGGAAUUGUGCUCGAUUAUCAACCACAAUGACAUCAAUAAUAACACUGCCUUUAUUGAACCAUCCAUAUCGAUAGUUUCGACCAACACAAACAUUGUGCCUACAAUUCCUGUUUCAGUCAGAUCAUCAUCAAUUUCUGUAUCGAUUCCAUCAUCAUCAUCAUCAUCAAGUAUAGUGCCCAAUGAAACCAGUACAAUAAUUAUUGCACGACCUACAGCAGCCAUUCAAAUUCCGUUAUUAUUAAUUCCCGAUGAAAUCAAUGUCAAAGAUGUGAAUCAAAUCUAUGCACCAAGUUUUGAUGGAUCAGAUUCGGAAAUCGUAUUCAAAAUGCGAAGAAUUAAACGUUCAACAAGUUCAGUGACAAUGACCAUUGUCAGCCAAAAUGAUGAAGGUACAAUUCUACAUGCCUAUACGAAUAAAUAUAAUCUUUUGGUCCAUGUGGAAAACAACCAGAUAAUCGUCGAACUAAAUGAUGAAAAUCAAAACAAUUUGCUUCAACUGGAAAGUGGCUCAUUAAUCGAAAGAUUGAAACCAUACCGAGUGAAAGUAGAUAUCAUUUCACAGCCAAAUAGAUCGGUUAAUGUUGCACUUGAGUUAUUACAAGCCAACAACAACAACAACAACGACGACGACAAUCAAUUGAUCAGCAGUGUUAGCCUACAAAAACAAAAUCUAACUGUUCCCUGUUUUGAAUGGUUUCGAUUAGGUAGACCACCAUCUAAUUUUGACAUUGAUUCAUUCCUCAAACCAUUUCAUGGCUGCAUCUUCAAUUUGAAAUUGAAUAAUGAAGAAAUGUUUGUCAAAGACUCAUUUCGAGCCACUAACAUUACUGAAUGUUUAUCGAAUGUAUGCCAACAGAAUCCAUGUCGUAAUAAUGGAGUUUGCCGAACACUAUCAUCAACAUCAUUGGAUGAUCGUUUAUGGAAUUGUUCCUGUCCAAAAGGAUUUCGUGGUUGGCUAUGUCAAGAAAUAUAUUGUCAUUCAGAUUAUUGUUUCAAUGGUGGAUUGUGUUUACUUGGCGAUCUACUCGAUGAUAGUAGUAAUAGCAACAAACAUUUAUGCAUCUGUCCAAAAGGAUUUCUUGGUUCAAGAUGUGAAUUUAGAAUGAAUCUGACGUUUGCUGCGUUCAAUAUUGGCACAAACAAAUCUUUUGUUAGAUAUCGUCUUGCUUAUAAUAUUGAAGAAUUUUUCGAAAUUCGAUUUCGUUUUAUAGCACAUCCAAUCGAACAACGAAAUGGUCUACUAAUGUUUUUGAGCCAUAUAUCGAACCCAAAGAAUGAUAAUUCCACAUUCAUUCAAGAUUUUGUUAGCCUUGUUUAUUUGGACAAAAUUCUCCAUCUAAAACUCAAUAUGGGACAAGGCGAACGAACAUUGAAAACAACAACCGAAUCAAAUAUGACCGAACAGAUGGUAUUGUUUGGCCGUUAUCGGCAACUAUUCUGGUUGUUGGUCAUACCAUCCGGUAUGGAUAGCAAAUUACGGCCACAAGUUGGUCAGACUUUUACUGUUUUACAUGAAAAACAUUCAAAUAUUGAUCCAUAUCUAUAUGUUGGCGGUCAUGAUGAUUGGAAAACACAUCCGGCUCUAUAUAAUUUGACUGGAUUUAAAGGAUGCAUCUAUGACAUUGAAAUACGUAUUUCACGACAAAGCGAUUUCAUACGAAUCGAUGAAAAUCUGAUCGAUAAUUUAGCCAAUAUCGAUCAAUGUGAUCUGGAAUGUACAUAGCCAACGAACCAACAACGAAUUCGUGGCAAUCAAUGGCAUUGACAAAGACUUUACCUGAUUGAUUACGAGCACACACACACACACACACAGACACACUUUAUACAUGAUCAAAUCAAACUGAGAAAACAUUGUCCUUUUUAUUCAUAUUUUAAAUAUAAACUAGUAGAUAGUAUAUUUACAAAAGCAAAAAACAUAAACAUAACAUGACCAUUAUUCAUCGUAGUCAUCAUUACUUUUUGCAAUCAAUUUUUGUCGGUUAAAUAUUUCAAAUUUUCCAUCAUUACACCACAUAGCAUCGAUUGUCAU